AUGCUGCUCUUCCCUGAUGGCGAUGUAAAUGGCGACGACGCCAAACGCGACAAGCUCGCCGCCUUACCCGAAGAGCUUCUCAUCGAGACGCUGAAUCGCCUCUGUCAUAGAGACCUCUGCAAUGUGUCGCGCCUGAAUAAGCGCUACCAUAGGUUGGCCGACGCAGUCUUGUACAAAAGCGUGCACUUUCAGAGUCCGGAGCUCCAUCUCACAUUCAGCGAAUCGCUAGGCCGGCGACCACGUCGUGGUUCGGCAAUUAACGAGGUGAAGUUGAUUUAUCCAAAUGAAGAGCUUUCGCGCCUAGCUCUCGACGCACCCGUUCACAACUCUCACUAUGAUCCCACGCGGUCUGACACUCUUUCGCGCACACUUUCCGUCAUGUCAAAUUUGGAGAAACUCGACAUUGCUGUUCCUCACGUCCUCUUACACGGCAUCGGAACCCUUUUUAAUGGGCCUUUUGACUUGGCCUACCUCAAGGAGUGCACACUCUUCUAUCAGUGCGCCGAUGAUGCUUACUGGGACCUGCGAGAAAACAUUCACAUCUUCGCACACCCCACACUGGAGACCUUAAUCAUCAAGAGAGCCAAACUCGACGAGAAAGGGUUCGACUUCAUGGAGCGCCCCCACGAGACGGGCCUGAAGAAGUUGCACCUGAUCGAGUGCGACAUUAACGAUGACGGUCUUUCGGACGUCCUCGAAUUUCCAGAGGGUUUGGAAGAGUUUGUGAUGACGCAAACAGCAGAGCCGAAGCCCGAGCUGGAGGAGAGCUCUGACAACUUCUCAGACUAUGUCCUCGCCCUCAGCUCGCAGGCACACUCGCUCAAGACUUUUACCGUUGACUCACCGACGCUCGGCUGCCGCAAACCGUUGAGAAUGAGAGAAUUUGAAGCGCUCAAGAGUAUGAGGAUAAACUGGGACUACCAGCUAUUCGGCAAGACAUCCAAGAAGCCGCGGAUGCACUCCGUUGGUCUUCCGCCAGAGAUGGAGGUCUUGGAGUUCUUCAACGAGAUGGGCUCAGACGAGGAGGUGGCCGACCUCCUGCUCUACACGAUCCAGACCAAGGACGUUGUUGCCAAGGCCUGGAAGACAUUUGUGGUGCCCGAGGGCGAUAGUGGAGUUUCUAGUGCGAUCAGAGAAGCGUGCAGAGAGCAGGGCUUGCAGCUGGAUAUUAUUGGAGCAUUCGACACAGACGGCGACGCCGACUAG